GAUACAGGUGAGCUGGAAGAGAUUCCGUGGGUGGACUGGAGCUGUAUCGCUCCAUCCCUCCCAACCCUUAUAAAUACCCACCACCCCUCCCCUCUCCUCUCCACACAAACAUACCUCCACCUUCAUUCAAAUCAAAUUCACCCCUCUUUCCUCUCUCUCUAUCUCUCUCGAAGCUCGUAAGAGUGAAACACACCAAUUAGUUGUGAUAGUCGUCCUGCCACUGAGUGCCAGCAGCAUGAAGAAUUCCACUGCUGGCACCACCAUUUCAACUUCCACCACAAUUGCCAUGCUUCCUCUCCUACCAUCCCUUCUCCUCUGCCUUCUCUCCCUACUCUAUUUCCUGCUCGCAAGAGCCAAGAAGCAGCGUUCCUCUGCCACCACCGCCACCCCUCGUAAGCUUCCCCUGCCUCCCGGCUCCAUGGGCUGGCCCUACAUCGGCGAGACCUUCCAGCUCUACUCCAGCAACCCCAACACCUUCUUCGCCCUCAAACACAAGAAGUAUGGGCCGGUAUUCAAGACCCACAUAUUGGGAUGCCCCUGCGUGAUGGUGUCCAGCCCGGAGGCGGCGCGGUUCGUGCUGGUGACGCAGGCCCACCUCUUCAAGCCGACGUACCCGGCGAGCAAGGAGCGCAUGCUGGGCACCAAGGCCAUCUUCUUCCAGCAGGGCGACUACCACGCCCGCCUCCGCCGCAUCGUCCUCAGGGCCUUCCUGCCCGACGCCAUCCGCCGCAGGGUCGCCGGCAUCGAGGCGGUCGCCCUCCAGGCCCUCCACUCCUGGGAUGGCCGCAUGAUCAACACCUUCCAGGAGAUGAAGACGUACGCGUUUAACGUGGCACUCCUAUCUAUAUUCGGAAAGGACGAGAUCUCCUACAUAGAGGAGCUGAAGCAGUGCUACUACACACUGGAGAAGGGCUACAACUCCAUGCCCAUCAACCUCCCAGGGACCCUCUUCCACAAGGCCAUGAAGGCCAGGAAGCAGCUGGGCCACAUAGUGGCCAAGAUCCUUUCAUCCAGGCGGCAGAAGAAGGCAGUGGCUGAUGACCUCCUUGGCUUUUUCAUGGAAUCCAAGGAAGCCCUCACGGACGACCAGAUAGUCGACAACAUCGUCGGCGUCAUCUUCGCCGCCCGGGACACCACCGCAAGCGUCCUCACCUGGAUCGUCAAAUACCUUGGAGAGAACCCAAGCAUCCUGCAGGCGGUCACCGAAGAGCAAGAGGAGAUCAUGAGGAGCAAAGAGAUGGGCGGAGGGGAGGUGUCCUUAACUUGGGCUGAUACCAAGAGGAUGUCGAUGACUUCGAGGGUGAUUCAGGAGACGAUGAGGGUCGCUUCGAUCCUAUCUUUCACCUUCAGAGAAGUGGUCGAAGAUGUGGAGUAUGAAGGGUAUCUCAUUCCAAAGGGAUGGAAAGUCUUGCCACUGUUCAGAAACAUUCACCACAGCCCGGAUAACUUUACCGACCCAGAAAAGUUUGAUCCCUCCAGAUUUGAGGUUGCUCCAAAGCCCAAUACCUUCAUGCCAUUUGGCAACGGGACCCACUCAUGCCCUGGAAAUGAGCUAGCAAAGCUGGAGAUGCUUGUCCUUCUCCAUCAUCUUACCACCAAGUAUAGGUGGUCUAUGUCGGGAUCGGAGAGUGGAAUUCAGUUCGGGCCUUUCGCACUUCCCCUGAAUGGAUUGCCCAUGAGAUUCUGUCGCAAGACAUGAACCGAAGAUUUGCAGAAGAAGCACUUGCACUAUAGAUAGACAGCAUCUAUUAUAGUAGUCAUCACCAAUUAUAGAGGAAAAAGCCACUUAAUUUGCAUGGUGAUAUUUCAUAGAUAGGAUGAACUUGCAAUCAAAAGCGAUUGCAAUUCCUCGAGGAAAGAGAUCACAUAAAGUGACAUGGAUGCACCAUACAGUUACCAUUCAAGAAGAAUCGAUCAGCAUCUGUGAGAGGAUGCGAAGCUCCUCCUCACAUCGAACAAAUUGUACAGGUCUUUCAAUUCAUAUAAGAGGGAAGAAUAUUUGAUGAAGGCUGUCUCAAAAUAUAUAUACACAUAUGCUAUUACUUUUGUUCUCUGAGAAUUUGAAAGUUUGGUGAUGACCAGCUAGGAGAGGCUGGUAACACCGAAAUAUGUGGUCUUUAUGUCGAAAAUAAAUGUCAGGUCUGGGUAUGCCAUAGCCCAUGGUUAAUGUUAAUAAUCAAAAGUCAAACCAAUAAAGUAAUAACAGAUCGGACUUCUUAACAAUUCUUUC